AUGAACGCCACCCCGGGGCUUUUCCUUCCCCGCCUGCUGCGCGGCUACUGCCCGAACCUGACACGCCAUGUCAGCACCGCUAGUGCUCGCGAGAGCCAGACGAUGCGCCUGCCAGAUGGCCGUACUCUAGGGUUUGCUGAGCAUGGCCGGGCUAACGACCAUCCGCUCAUAUUCAUGCAUGGCUAUCCCGCCUCCCGCCUUGAAACCCUGGGGGUCGAUGAUACGGCACGCCGCCAUAAGCUCCGCAUCAUUACGCCUGACCGCAAUGGUUAUGGUCUCACCACUUUCGAUCCAACGCGUCGAAUCCUAGACUGGCCUGCCGAUGUACAGGCUUUGGCCCGGCAUCUUGGUUUGACCAGCUUUGCGGUUCUGGGCGCCUCGGGUGGCAGUCCGUACGCUUUAGCAUGUGCAUGUCGUCUGCCCCCGGAGAUGCUCUCAGCAGUUGGUAUCAUGGGUGGUGCAGGGCCGUGGGAGGCAGGUGCACAACAUAUGUCUUGGCCAUAUCGACUCAGCGCUUUUACAGCGCAGCAUUGGCCCUCUGCUUAUGGGGGUGUGCUCCGGCUACUCUUGUGGAUGCUGAGAAGAGCAUUAUCUACCCCCUCAGGGAUUCAACGGAUAGACAAAGCGCUCAAUAGGCAUAUUGGGGAUCUCGGAUCAACACAAUCUGCUGCAGAGUUGAGGGAUACCAUUGCUCUUCAGUUAUUCGAGGCCUUCCGCCAGGGCACUCCACCAGCUGUUCACGACGCCCGACUAUUAACAUCCAGCUGGGGCAUCAAGUUUGAGGACAUAACUUAUGAGAGGGUGAGAAUCUGGCAUGGGACUAAAGACGCCAAUGCCCCGGUUCAGAUGAUGCGGUAUAUGGCAGAGCGCCUCCCUCACUGCGACCUAAAAGAGUUCCCAGAGGCCACACACUUCACACUCCAUCGCUAUUUCGAACAAAUUCUUUCGGAAUUGGUCCCACAGCAACCCCACCUUGAAAGAACUGUCAAGGUAUAA